AUGCACGAGACCAUUCCCGGAGAUGAGAUCUACGGACCUGGCACUUAUAUUGACAAAACCGUCCUCCCAGUACCAGAAGACACCUGCCGAAUCUUCAAACUCCUCGCAUCGAGAACACCCGGCUUUACAAAGGACACUGCGAUAUGGGAUACGGUUAAGUUCCAAGGCCGACCAGAUCCCAUGGUCCCGGGUCCAAUGAAAUCCCCCGCGGUGGUGGCAGCGCUACAUGCCAUGUGCGGAGUGGUUGGAAACGAGCUCCUCGAACUGCGAGACGGGAAGCCAGCUAAGGAAGCGAGUGUCACCGUGGACACGGACCACGCCGGAAUCUGGCUCGCGUCUACCUUCACCGUAUACGUGAACGGAUCGGAUGUGUCGACCCUUGCACGGGCCGGGACAUUAUCCAAGAUCUUCACCCGGAAUUUUGAUCAGGGAUUCGGUGUUGGUCCGUUGUCUGGCCGGGCUACUGCUUUGUAUCCGACCAAGGACCCGAAGGUGUGGUAUCAACUGCACGGAUCGUUGGAUGCGAGUAAGACGCUUAAGUCCAUGGGAAUUGACAUGGAUGUACCCUUGAAGGAUUUCGCUGAGGGAUACGAGUAUAUCAAGGGCCAUGUGCAAAGGUGGAGUGCCGAUGAGCUUGAGAUGCAUAAUGUGAGAAAUGGGCUGUGUGGUAGUAUUUGCUACUCCCCCGAGGGUUGGAGGAAUACCGAGAUGGGAAAGCGACUUGCUGAACACCCUCUCAUAAAUUAUACACAUGAGUCUUAUGCGAAGGAGACGCCUCCAGUUCCUUUGCGUCAGCUUCCUGACCGUCGUCCCUUGGCUGGGAUCAAGGUACUGGAGAUGGUGCGCAUCAUUGCUGGUCCCACUGUUGGUACUACAUUGUCGUCAUUUGGCGCGGAUGUUAUCCGUGUCAACUGCAGCAAGCUCGCCGACUUGAAUGUCCUCCAACUGGCCCUUAACGCCGGAAAACGCACUAUCGAUCUGGAUAUCGGAAAACAGGAGGAUAAGGCCCGCCUUCUGGAGCUCGUGGGCGAAGCAGAUAUCUUCGUACAAGGCUUCCGGUAUGGAUCGCUUGACGGCAAGGGCCUCGGCCUGAAAGACAUGCUCGGCGUAGCAGCGAAGAGAAACAAAGGCCUCGUAUAUGUCGACGAAAACUGCUAUGGACCGAGUGGACCAUUUGCUGAGAGACCCGGGUGGCAGCAGAUUGGAGACGCCGCAUCGGGUGCGUCGUACGUGAUGGGCCGGGCAUUGGGCUUCGAUGAAGGCACAAGUGUUCUGCCACCACUGCCGAUCUCCGACAUGACCACUGGCAUUCUGGGUGCCCUGGGAGCAAUGCUGGGCAUUCGAGACCGAGCGAAGAAGGGCGGGUCUUAUCAUGCGGUGAGCUCGCUUGUGGCAGGAGACACUAUUCUGCUUGACAAAGAGAUUGGUCUCUACCCAGUCGAGGUUGUGCAGAAGACGUUCGAUGAGUUCACAUUCGUUCGCUCUUCACCUGCUCAAUUUGUCACGGAAAUUAUGAUGGAGGUAAUCGAUGGAUGGAAGAAUGUCUUCCCCGAAUAUAUUUCCCCUAACUCUCCAUUCAUGAUGAGGUUUGAGGACAGCCCAUGGGGACAAAUUGACCUGUUGAGGCCUGUUGCGAGAUUGGAUGACAAGGAAGCAAGCCCCAUCUGGACAAGUCCCCCUGUUCCAAAUUGCCAUCAUGAUACAACCAUCACAUGGGUGUAG